UACUAAUAUAAAAAACUAUAAUAGUAUCUCAAUAAAAUAACACUAGAUCAUUGGAGAGUUUAACUGCUCCUGACAACAACUCAUGAACAACUAUCAACACAUAAAAUUGUUGAUCAUCCAGGUAACAACACACAGUAUAAAGAUUCAAGGGUAUGUUAACUUUUGAACUGGUUCAUUUGUGUAAAUUAAGUGAUUAUGUUGUCUUGUAGACUAUAUGUAUACAUCUCUAAUCUGAAACAGUGCAUGCAUUUUAUGAUCCCUCUUAUUUCAUUAUAACUUAGAAUCUUACAUAUUCUGCAAGGUGUAUAAACCUAUGAGAAUAACUUUAUAUUGUUGAUAUUGGAAGAAGUAAUUAGUAAAUUUAUUUGCCUUUGGUUUUCAAAGCAACAUAACAGAUCACUAAUAUUAAAUAAAAAAUUCUAAUCAAGACAUUUUAUGACAUGAAGUGAUUUGCGUUACAGAAUUUGGUGAUAAAAAAUAAUAAUAAAGUAAAUUACUUCAUAUGAAAAUAUCAAACAAAAAAUAAAUCAAAUAAUAAAUCAAAAUUCAUAUAAUAAUGAUAUACGAAUGCCAAAAUGUAUUAACACAUAGUGCUAAAGUAGUAAGAUGUGUCUGUGUAGUUAAUGUAAUCUGUCUUUUAGAUCUCUUCAAGAAUUUUUUCAUUUGUUGCUUUGGUUAAUAAACAUCUGCCAAGAACAAAGUUUAAAUGUAUAAGCCUGGGACAUAUGUUUUCUUUCCUUGUCUGACCCUCUCUUUUAAUAAAUCCACAUCUUCAUUUAUCCUACCAUCUGUCACAGGGAUCUCUUUCUCAUUUCUGCUUUAUAUAAUUUUCUCAAUUUCAUUCUCAUCCCAAAAGAUUUUUUUUGUGCGUGGACACUGGCAUCCCUGUUUGCCCUUCUCUUCCUUACCUCUAGGUAGCAUGUUGGACCACAUGUCCAGGCGUUCUCGCUCCCUGCUCUCUCUUUUCCUGACCUCCCUUGCCCUUGCUUUAUCUGUCCUGGCUUUCUGUACGUCUUACUGGUGUGAAGGAACGCACAAGGUGGUCAAACCUCUCUGCCUUUCACCUGUCAAGAUGAAGAACUGCGGCCAGAACAAUAGUGAGCCUUACACUACAGAAAGCCCCACCCCAGAUCCACGGGGCACUUUACCACCAAAGCGAAGGGAGGAACUAGCCAGGAUUCGUCAAAGGCAAUUGGCCAACGCAGUUCACUACAUUUGGGAGACGGGAGAAGACAAGUACACCUUCAGAUAUUUCCACACAGGAUUUUGGGAGUCUUGUGAAAAACACGCUGAUGGAGAACGAUGUCGCCGGUUCUUAGAUCUUACUCCUGGAGAGACUCAUGGUGUUCUGUGGUUGUCAAUGAUUGCUGAGUUCAUGUACAUCAGUUUGUUGGGGAUAGGGUUUCUACUCAUGUGGGUGGAAGUGUUAUGUGCUCAUAAAGAAAUGCAUGCGCUCAAAAUCAACGCUUUUGCAGCCAUGUGCACUGUGCUCUCAGGACUGUUAGGGAUGGUGGCUCAUAUGAUGUACACCACCGUAUUUCAGCUGACUGUGAUUGUGGGGCCCAAAGACUGGAGACCUCAGACCUGGGACUACGGUUGGUCAUUUGCGUUGGCAUGGGUGUCUUUCAGCUGCUGCAUGGGUGCUGCGGUUAUGACCCUUAAUUCUUACACCAAAACAGUCAUUGAGAUGCGUCACCGCCAGAGACUUCGAUUAGAAGAGGCCCGCGCUACAACCCACGCUCCAUCCUACGAUGAGGUGGUCCCAGGGGGCGGGCUCUACUCCGUCAGUGGCCUGUUACAGUGCCCGAAUGGGAUGAUGGACUCUGUGUGGGCAUCCAAUGGGAGCAUGAGAAUGGUGCAAGAGGACGAUGUGCCCACCCUGGUACUGGUUGGGGGAUGCAGACCGGAUACGUGUGAGGACUGCGAGAGAGAGAUAGAUGAGAUGAAGGAGGCUAUGAAAGGAAUAGAUUCUCCUUGCUGAUUCACUCAAAAACGAAAAAUCUGACUUCAUUUAGGCUCAAACUGUUCCUAACCUCAAUUAAUUAAUUUUGUCUGUGGAACACAAAAGAAGAUAUUUUGAAGAAUGUUGGUAAUCAAAUACUUUUGGUUGCC